AUGGCUGACGACGCGUCCGACGCAGGCCCGGUCUCGGAGCCGCUCGACCUGGUGAAGCUGUUGCUCGACGAGCUGGUGUUUGUCAAGCUCCGUGGCGACCGUGAGCUCAAGGGGCGGCUACAUGCCUACGACAGCCACUGCAACCUCGUGCUUGGCGACGUGGAAGAGACGAUUUACGUGACGGAGGACGACGAUGAGGAGGAGGAGACCCCAGACGUUCGGACUGUGAGCCGCAAGUCGGAGAUGCUCUUUGUGCGCGAGCUGAACAGGCUGAGAUAG